ACAGUUUGAAGAAAGGUUUGGCGACGGGGGUGCUUGUGGAGAGAGACGGCUGGGGCUUGGAGUAGCACCACUGAAGUGCACCAGUCGUUCCUAUCAAUUUCCGAAUUAUUUCCCGUGGCUCUGGUGAAUAACAAUUAUAGCAUGCAAAGACUUUGCACUCGUGGAUACAUCAUCCGUUUUAGAUUAUUUGCUUGGUUUGUUAUUUUUUUUUCAUUUUAGGUGAAUGGCGAGGAUACUUGAGGUACAAUCGAGAGUGAGUGGUUUUGGCAAUAUGUGUUGCUGCAAUAUGGUAUGCAACCUAAAGGCUUAUGGAAUAUAGCCAGAUUUCUCACAAUCUGUAUGCGUUCUCAUUCAGCCCGGUUAAAAAUAAAUUAUUUUUGCUCGGCAUCAUGUUUUUACUCUGGGUAUAUAUGCUUUACUCCUGCGUGGGCUACUGUGCCCCCAUGCCAAGUUUGGUUGUGGACAAUAACCGGGGAAAGGAGACUGGCACGGGGUCCGUGGUCGGUAAAAGGACCGAGAAUAACGCCAGAGCGGACCUCGUGUCCAGACUACUCCCUAGACUCCCACCCUGGGUGGAUAUAGAAUCCGAUUACGACGAACCAUCCGUCCGGACCUCCUCCAGAGACCUGCUCAAUAAAGAGAUAGACGCGUACAGAGGAGUUGAGGACUGGGGUGAGAUGAGGGGUGAGGGGCAGAGAGCUCCUGAACCCGGUGCGAUGUCAAGUUUCUCCAACGACUUGGGGAGCAAGAAACUGCCGCAGGCGAUCAUCAUCGGGGUAAAGAAAGGAGGGACGCGGGCGCUGCUCGAGUUUCUCCGCGUGCAUCCAGACAUCAGAGCGGUGGGAGCCGAGCCGCACUUCUUCGACCGCAACUACGAGAACGGACUGGAGUGGUACAGGGAGCUGAUGCCCAAGACCCUGGAGGGCCAGAUCACUAUGGAGAAGACACCCAGCUACUUUGUGACCAGAGAGGCCCCAGCCCAGAUCUCAGUCAUGUCCCGGGACACCAAGCUGAUCGUGGUGGUGAGGGACCCCAUAACCAGGGCCAUCUCUGACUACACACAGACGCUGUCCAAGAACCCAGACAUUCCCACCUUCGAGAGCCUGACCUUCAAAAACAGGACAACGGGGCUCAUCGACACAUCCUGGAGCGCCAUCCAGAUCGGUAUCUAUGCCAAGCACCUGGACAACUGGCUGCAGUACUUCCCCAUGGACCAGAUUCUGUUCGUGAGUGGGGAGCGUCUGAUCAGCGACCCGGCCGGAGAGCUGGGACGGGUGCAGGACUUCCUGGGACUCAAGAGGAUCAUCACAGACAAACACUUCUACUUCAACCAGACCAAGGGCUUCCCCUGCCUCAAGAAGGCUGAGGGCAGCAGCAAACCCCACUGCCUGGGCAAAACCAAAGGGCGGACCCACCCCAACAUCCACCCAGAGGUGGUGCAGAGGCUACGGGACUUCUACAGGCCUUUCAACAUGAAGUUCUACCAGAUGACGGGACAUAACUUUGGUUGGGAUUGAUAGAUGUGAAUUUGGGAGAACACAUUGUUUAUUUUAUUCUCUGUAAUUCAAUGAAUGGCAAAUAAGACAUGGGAGAUGUUGCUAUAUAUAUAUAUACAAAUAUAUAUACAUGUAUGUAUAUAUAUAUGUAUGUAUAUAUGUAUAUACAUAUAUAUGUACAUGUGUGUGUGUAAAAUGUACAGAAAUCUAUUUUAUAAUAAUUUAUUUUUUAUUUCUAAGCAAUUAAUUCACUAAGCUGCCUAACCAUAUAUGUACAUGCAUAAUAUCUGGCCCACACUUUGAUUUAUAUUUUUUACAUUCACCUUUUAUGUUUUUUUCUUUAAUCCUCACUUAAUGGUCCCUCAUGUCAACAGUAUAUUUUAAGUAAGAAGAGAGGGAUAUUGAUUAAGGCCCCGUUUUAUGGGUAUAGAGUGUUGACUGAACAGUAAUACAUACUCCAUUCAUGUGCAUUCUGAUUUAAACAUUCAUAAUCAAUAGCCAUCAUCAAACCCUUCCUCAAUAGCCAUCAUCAAACCCUUCCUCAAUAGCCAUCAUCAGACCCUUCAUCAAUAGCCAUCAUCAAACCCUUCCUCAAUAGCCAUCAUCAGACCCUUCAUCAAUAGCCAUCAUCAAACCCGUCCUCAAUAGCCAUCAUCAGACCCUUCCUCAAUAGCCAUCAUCAGACCCUUCAUCAAUAGCCAUCAUCAAACCCGUCCUCAAUAGCCAUCAUCAGACCCUUCCUCAAUAGCCAUCAUCAGACCCUUCAUCAAUAGCCAUCAUCAAACCCGUCCUCAAUAGCCAUCAUCAGACCCUUCCUCAAUAGCCAUCAUCAAACCCUUGCUCAAUAGUCAUCAUCAAACCCUUCCUCAAUAGUCACAAUCAAACCCUUCCUCAAUAGCCAUCAUCAGACCCUUCAUCAAUAGCCAUCAUCAGACCCUUGCUCAAUAGUCAUCAUCAAACCCUUCCUCAAUAGUCACAAUCAAACCCUUCCUCAAAAGCCAUCAUCAGACCCUUCAUCAAUAGCCAUCAUCAGACCCUUCCUCAAAAGCCAUCAUCAGACCCUUCCUCAAAAGCCAUCAUCAGACCCUUCCUCAAAAGCCAUCAUUAGACCCUCCCCCCACAUUACUCCUUAUCUACUCUUAUCGGUUUCUGUUCCAUCCAUUCAAACACUGUGUUUCAUUGAAAUUAGGUAAUUUCAGUUAUUACCGGUUACCCCCAUGAACAACCCAUUAUCCUACCAUCCCAAUGGCCUAACCAGCUGAUCUCCUGCCCUGUCAUUGGCCUAACCAGCUAAUCUCAUGUCCCUUUCACUUAAUAACAGGUGGAUCAAUAGGCCUAACUGCUGCUCAUUGUGUCAGCCAUGCUUAAAGUGUGGCCUUCCUCUUCUAGUUCUCCUAUAGCCUGUUCUAAUGAAUGGCCCAUCCACGAAAGGUCUAAAUCCUAUUUCUGACCGCAUCACAUUGAUAUGGCUCCAUGUUGACAUGAUGCUAAUGGAAUAACGUUAAUGAGGCCCAUUGAUUCAGGUCUCCUCUCCGCUAUACUCUUUCUCCCAUUACAAGACACUGUUGGCUCAGAGCCAGGGUUCAAAGGUCAUACACAAUAAAAUUUGUUCUGAGUGACAUUUGAUUUGUUGAAGAGACUGAGAGGGGAGGACACACUGGAUCAGGGGAGGACUGUAGUAUAGUCCUUGAAUGCAUCCCAAAUGGCACACUACCCUAUAUAGUGCACUAAUUUAGACGAGAGCCUUGUGACCCCUGGUCAAAAGUAGUGAAAUAUAAAGGGAAUAUGGUGCCAUUUGGGACACCCAUUGUCUUCAUGGUGCAGUGAGAAUGCUUGGCAUGAGUUGAGGUAGGAUGUCUGAUACAGAUGAUAUGAAAACUUUCUUCAUAUGAGAAACAGUCUAUUUAUGCUGGCCCACACUCUCGCAGGUAGGGGCUACUUCAAAGCCAUCCUAUCCUCUUUGGAUUGUAAGACUGCUGAAUAUGCACCCUAGUCCCUACAGUGUGACCAGGGCCCAUAGGGAAUAGGAGACCAUUUGGCUGGUAAGCCUAAAACGUCUGAAUGUGGAGGGACCAAGAGUGAAUAUGCACAUCCUUUCCCCUACAUACUACACAUCAAAUUCCCUCCAAUCAAAUGCAAAGUUGAAAGUGUCUGUCACUGACUAUUGGACAUUGAGAAGUAUAUAAAAAAGAAGUGACAUUACGGUAAUUUUUUCAAGUUUUAAGAAAAUGUUGCGCCUCUAAACCACCCAGUCUAAUUGAAAUACCCAACCUCCACCUCAAUUCAACAGUGUGGAAGCAGUUCUGAAGGUUGCUGUUUAUCUGAAACCAGUGGAUGGUUUUAGUGGAGAUGAGGGCUUGUCCCAGCAUUUUACUGCUCCCUUAUUCACAUAGUGGCUUUUACCACCAAGGAAUUUACACCUGUUUUACAUUAUCAUGCCUAUAUGGACAACGCCUCAACCUGCCCUUCUCUCCUUAUAGUGCAAUGUUUUUUGAAAGCAUUUAAAAUGGCCUUUGUAUAGAGCAGGAAAUUCUAAAUCUAAGUAAUGUCAAUCUUUCUCCCUGUAACGGUUGGAGUAAAGGAGACUGGGGCAGUUGCCCUCUGUUACAUUUACAGUCCCUCUAAUGCAUUGGAAUUAUGGUGUUAUUCAUGUUACUAAGAGAGUAGAGUUGCAUCCCAAAUGGCACUCUAUUCCUUAUUUAGUGCACUACUUUUGACCAAGGCCUACAGGGCUCUGGUCAAAAGUAGUGCACUUUAUAGGAAAUAGGAUCGGUCCGAAAUGAAACGCUAUCUCAAAAGCUUGCACUCAUGUUCACGACCCAUGCUGCCUCAUCCGUUCUGGUUGAGUUUUAUUCAACCCUUUUACAGAUCUACAAAAUAUAAUGCUAGUGUUGUUUGUCUUUCCCACCCCGUCUGCAUAAAAAAUGGUUACAAUUUAGAGGUUUAGCAGAUUCUGUAUGUUUAAAAAUGAAAAAGAACAUGUACAUCAAGUAUUUUGUGGUAUCUUGUACAUCAAAGGAAUUUUACACAGUGAAAGAGCAAAAUGGAAGAAAUGUUUUAAAUAAUGAAAUGCUAAACAUUCAUACUAUUUCUUUGUAUGAAGAAAUAAAGUAUAUAUUUUACCAAAA